UACAUAUACACAGUCACCUGCUACCUUCUUGCUCAACAAUCCAAGCUAGCUAGCCGAUCACCAAACAUACGUGAGCGAGCCGAUCAUCGAGCAUAUGGCGUCUGCUCCUCCUCCUUGUGCUGCUCCAGCGGUUCCCCGCAUGAAGCUGGGCUCCCAGGGAAUGGAGGUCUCGGCGCAGGGCCUCGGCUGCAUGGGCAUGUCCGUCGCCUACGGCCCCCCCAAGCCCGACGCCGACAUGGUGGCCCUCAUCCACCACGCCGUCGCCGCUGGAGUCACCUUCCUCGACACCUCCGACGUCUACGGCCCGCACACCAACGAGACCCUCCUCGGCAAGGCGCUGCAGGGCGGCAGCGUGAGGGACAGGGUGGAUCUGGCCACCAAGUUCGGCGCCUUCCUUUCAGAGGAUGGGUGGAAUGUCCGCGGGGACCCGGCGUACGUGCGUGAGGCGUGCGAGGGCAGCCUCAAGCGGCUAGGCGUCGAUUGCAUCGAUCUCUACUGCCAGCACCGCGUCGACACCAGGGUGCCCAUCGAGGUCACGAUUGGUGAGCUCAAGAAACUAGUCCAAGAAGGAAAGAUAAAGUACAUCGGAUUAUCCGAAGCAUCUGCAUCAACAAUCAGAAGGGCUCAUGCCGUUCAUCCUAUCACUUCAGUUCAGAUCGAAUGGUCACUAUGGAGUAGGGACGUGGAAGAGGACAUAAUCCCAACUUGCAGGGAACUUGGAAUUGGAAUUGUAUGUUACAGCCCACUUGGUAGAGGGUUCUUCUCUGUAGGAUCGAAAUUGGCUGACUCACUAUCAGACGACGACUUCCGUAAGAAAAGGAGGAUGACCCCCGGCCUCUACAUCUAGGAGAUGCAUACAGCCACUUUAUUGAUUAUUCUCGAGGACCUUAUAAAGUAUUACAACAAUAUACCUGAAUCCGCCAUCUUGGCAACAUAUGCCACUACUCCUAUCCAUAUGAUGAAGGGGUGCUACCUGGGCCAAAUACCCGGACCACUCACCUAAGCCUAUCAUCAAAAGCCAGAAGCUCCAGCCGAGCCACAUACCGGGUCUGGGGCAUAAACUGGUCUGACGCACUCACAUGUGUCGUCGUCGCCAUCUUCCACAGGUCCGUCUUCGGAGCAGAUAUUGAGGCUUCUACCUUGUCAGGCCACUCUGCCAUCGACGCCACCAUAACGCCAGACAACUGCCUCCACCUGCGCGAGUCCAUCACCGCGCAUCGGGCGCCGAGUCUCCACUGCACCACGCCGCCGAGAUCCGCCAUCAUCAAUGUGUAGGAUGAAGCACCGCUCCACCAAAAAAGGCGCCCACUGGUCUCUCGAUCCUCGGCUGCUGUCACCGACCCCAUACUGAUCUCGCCACCACACUGCCCUCAAGGCGACGCCUUCAAGAAGGUCACGGCGCCAAGGACGCCGCCGCCGCCCACCGGAGUUAGGUUUUCACCCGAGAAGCAAGGUGGUGUGGUGUGGAAGGGCAGACCUCGACCGACGUCUCCAUGAAGAAAUCGGCGCCCGCGGACGUCGUCGUCGUCGCGGCCGGCUAGAGCCGACCACGGGUUUCCCCCAAUCUGGAUCCCGACCACCAGAAUCACCCGCAACCCAGAGGCAGGCCAGACGCCUGCACAGCCAGGGAUCAUCGAGGGUGAAACGCACCGAGUAGGGGAAGAUGGCCAGCAACCAGAUCUGACGCCGCCAGCCACGAGGGCAGCCACGCGAGGUCCUAGCCCAUCGAAGAUCCGCCGGCCACCCUACCAGAUCGCCGGCACCGCGCCCACCCCACUGCUCACCGCAGGUGACAAGGGGCCUCACCGGGGGCCGCCGCCCAGAUCCAAGACCCUCCGAUGUGAACCAGAGCAGCGCAUGCCCCACCGCCGCAGUCUCCGGCUGCGCCAUGGGCCUUGCCCGGCGGCAGCCUCGUGCGGCGGCGAGGGGGAGAGGGGAGGGAGAGGGGCUACUCCGGCGAGGGGGGAGUUGCCCCCGAGACGCCCACUAGGGGCGGCGCGGGGGAGGGAAGGGUAGCUGUCGUCUUAACUUAUGGUGCUUAUAAUUCGUGGAAAUGUUCAUCUUUCAAGUGUGUAGAAACAUUUUUAAAUUAUGCAUAGCAAUGCCUCGUAAAUUUCUUCCUAGAAAAGAUAAAUGAAACUUCUAUGAUUUGUUGGCUCUUUCACUGACAAAGUUCUACUA